GUGCAGAGUAACUCAGCUAACUAACCAGCAAAGUGCGAAAUUUCGGAGCAAAUUAAAUUCGCCGCGAAAUUGGUUUCCGAACCGCCGGAAGCGGUCAAAAAUAUCGUGUAACUGCGCGUCAAGGGAAUGGGAGUGGUUUGUACGUAAAGUUUCCCGGUUUCGGGUGUGAUCUGAGUGAGAAAACUGCAUUUGUUUGGUGGCAUUUUCCUUGCAUGAAAGGAGGAGGAGGCUUUUUUUUUGUGUUGGCUCGUUCCGUCUAGAGCGCUGGGUUUCAUAGCCGAAGCGAAGUGAGUCCCGCGGAUGAAUAUGAAUUCGCGGCGCACUGCGAAGAACAAAGAAGAGAACGAGACGGAAGAUUGUAUAAUCGUUCAUUCGUGUGGAAUAGGAAAAGAGUAAGAAGAAGAAGGUUGCAAAGCGCCGAAGGGCUGUCAAAUUCGUUUGUGAAUGGGGAACAUCGACAGGAAGAAAAACGCAAUAAUUACGAGGCGACGAUCGGCUAGUUUUCGAAUGCGCGUUUGUGUCCGUGAACGGAACGAUUGGGUAAUGUUCCUGCGAGGAGGAUCGAAGACAAGGGAAUCAAUGAUCCCAAAUUUGUUGUAAAAUUCUGUACGGUGACGGUGUUUUUGUUUUGCAUUUUCCAACUUGGUCAGAAUGUAUUUAUGUGUAUGUGUGUGUGUGCGUGUGAAGCAGCUUCUGAUCCAGUGAAAAUAAUUACGGUUGAGGAAAAUAAUGAUUUUCUUCGGAAGGCAAAGCGUGACAGUUUGAGAAAGAUUAGCACACAGUGUAUUUAGGCGUUGCACUCGAAUCCAGUUGAAGCAGAUUUUUAUAGAAAUCCGUGGGAAAUAACUCCGCAGUCAUGGUCCUGAUUUGACAUCAAGCGAUGCACCGUGAAGACCUGCAAUUGUAUUGAAAGUCCCAUUCGAAGAUGGAGUGCGACGUUUCGCCACCGGACAGCAGCAGCGGUGGUGGACACCUUCGCACCGGUUCCAACAGCAGCAGUAGUGGCAGCAGCAACAGCAACAUCAGUAGUAACCAACGGCGCCAGCCGAAGCAUCAUCAUAGCGGCAACAACAGUAGCAGCAGUAACCUAAGCAUAAGUGGUAACAGUGGUAGAAAUCUCUUAAACGUUAGUACCGGUAGUAGUUAUCGUUCGGAAUCGCCCGUGGGCUCAGCCACGGCACCGACCAGUAUGGCAGCCUCAUCCUCAUCGUCAUCGUCGUCAUCGUCAUCAACAUCGUCGCAGAAUCACCUGCACCAUCAGCAGCAACACCACCACCAAAACCAUCAUCACCACCACCACCAUCAUGCCCAUCACAUUCAUCAUGAGGAGAUUACGGUGACCUUUCCGGAGGUGGUCUCCUGCACGCCGGAGCCCAGCUUCAGCCUGUCGGAUGAUUACGAUUGCAAUCCGCUGAAAGAAGUGGACCCACUGAACGUAUCCGGUAGUUCGAUGGAUCUGCUUGCCUCGCCGGUGAAAAAUCAGGAGAAAACCCCCAAACACAAUCACCACCUGCGGCGAAACGUUCCUAGGAUAGUAGUGAAACAGCUACCGAAGCAGCACCUGCCUCCACCUUCGCGGGAUGAUAAGCGACCAAUCGGCCCGGCUUCGACCAUGCGGGAGGUGUUGGCUUCCAUUCCGGGGUUUAGCAUGAAACCCCGGCGGAGGUCCAACAAGAAAAUGUCCACCGCGGCGCAGAUCGAACAAACGAGGGAGGGUUGCAUUGAUCUCGAAACGCCCGAUUCCAUCCUGGUCAAUACGAAUCUGAGGUCGUUGCUGAACAAGCAAACCUUCCAGAUGCUACCGCCUCUGUUUCAGUACAAAUUGGUCCAACUGCUGCCCUCGGUGGAUCGACCCUCGGUGCUGGAUGCAUCGGAUUGCGAACGGAAUGGAAUACGGUUAAAUCCGUCCAGUUUGAACAAUGAAUUCUUCGCCCGAGCUUGCCUGGAGUGGCGCGAUCGGUUAGCGGAAGGGGAGUUUACUCCGGAGAACCAGAUGAAGCUAAAGACGGAAGCGGAGAAGGAGAAGAGUAAACUGGAUCCGUGGAAGUUGAAACACUUCGAACCGAUGUGGGGUGAUAAGAGUUCGGCGGCGAAUGUCGGUGCUGCCGGGACGCAACCAAACCCGUCACCUCCGCCGACACCGACGAAGGAGAAUCUAGAGAGCACGCCUGAACCUCCAAAGACCAGUACCCCAACUUCGACGAGACCUGCCCUUAAGACCACCAUCAAGCUGCGGCCGACAACGACGAUAGCUACGAGCACGACGGCAGCUUCGGAAGCGAUGGCCAGUUGUAGCAGUGGUCCCAGCAUCAGUAGUACUAGCUUCAAUAGUAUCUCUCCCGGUAGCAGUAACAGUAGUAGUAGUAGUAGCAGUAGUAGUAGUAGUAGUAGUAGCAGUAGUAGUGCUGGUGGUAUACCGUCGGCUACUACUACGAUCCCAACCACCCGCACUAGUACCACCCAAAGUUCUCUCUCGCCAACAACGGGCACGUCGUCUCCAAAGCGGGUUCGCACCGUUGGAGCUAUCACUCGAGCAACUGCCAGCCAAAAGCAGUUGGUUCAUCAGCUCCCACCGGAAGCUCCCAGUUCUCCAGUACGACUCACCCGCCAGAUCACUCGAGUGGAAUCACCCAAACCUUCCACUUCCGCAUCUGCCAUCGUUACGGUCGCCGUUCCGGUAUCAAGUCCAAUUGAUACUCCUAAACCGGCGUCAGAUGUCGUAGAUUCCUGCAGUCCCUCUAGUAGUAGUUCCAGUAGUUUCGUCAGUGGCAGUCUGAAGCGAACGCACAAUCGAUCCCUAACACCAGAGCUAAGCAAUAGUAAGAUAUCGAAAUCGUCUCCGGACCUUCAGCCCUCUGCGCAAGAGGGCUCAUCGAAACCAUGUGAUAUUAUCAAACCGGAUCUCGCGGCGCAUCCGGCACCGCUACCAUCCGCACCAUCGUCGCAAUCAGAUGACGUGCAAAUCAUCGAGGAUCAGCAAUCGGUUCCGGAUCCGCUGGAUGAUGUGGAAGUUGCUCAGGAAACGAUCGUAGAGGAAAUUCCCGACGACGAUCCGGACAUAACGGAGGUCAUAAUGGAACGUGCUCCGACGCCUGAACCCAGUGAAGAUCCGACGACGUACGAUUCGAAUCUCAGCGAUCGGACAAAACCGCAACAGCAAACCGUGUACGAUCAGCAUUCCGGGCAGAUAUUCAAUAUUGUUUGUGUUCCUUCGCCGGGGGCAGGAGUGGUGGGGACAGCUCCACGGAUAGCAAGUCCUGUGAUGAGCAGUGGCAAUAGUAAUUCCGUCGUCAUGGAUCAGGAGCUGCCGUAUUCCAGCAGUCACCACCAUCUGCAGCAGGAGCAGUUCUGUCACGAUAGCAACAGUAGCAGCACAUCGACGACGGCUCUGAUGUCCUCCAGCGACCAGGUUCCGCCGAAUGCGCUGAGUAGUUUCGAGAAUGUGCUGCAAAACAAUGAGGAACUGGUGAUCAUGCAGAGGGAACAGCAGGAGGAAGAGGAAGUGGAGGAACCCCCAUCGAAUGGGGUGAUAAACAGUGAUAGUAAUGGCAGUUCGGAGGCUAGCAGCAGCCAGCGGACGGUGAGUGCGGAAGUGAAUAUGAACUUAACGGCGUAUCAUCACGAUCACGAGCUGUUGCAUCAGAGUGCGAGCAGUAGUGGGAUGAUGAUGGGCGGGUGUGGGGCAGGUGUAGACGAAGAGGACGAAGAGGAAGACGACGAGGAGAACUGUGAUAACAAUAAUGAUUCCACCAACGAGGAUGAGGACGAUUGCGACGAUCAGGAGGUGGUACGGAGAAUCAGAACGGCAUCGGGAGGAUUGCAGGGGGAUGAUUUGCAUAGACUGCAGUUGAUCGAUUCGGUUCAUCAGCAGCAGCAGCAGCAGCACCAGCAGUCGCAUCAGGCGGCGAUGGGAGCGAUCGAUUCCGCCGAUGACGAUGACCAGAUGGACGAGAAGUUUAUCGAUGCGGAAAACUACGUGCUGGAGAGCGGCGAGAUUAGUGCGGAAAUCGACACGCUGGGCAUGCUGACGGAUGCAACCGACGAGGAAGCCGGAGUGGAUCUGGGCAUCGCUGGGGUGGCGGAAGCCGGUCCCAGCACCCACGAGGACAAUCUUAUCAUAUUGCACGAAAUGGACAUCAAGGGCGAGGAGGACGAAGAGGAGGAGGAGGAUGAUGAGGACGAGGACGACGACAAUGAUGAUCCCAAUCGAAUGAAUCAAGCGGAGGACGAAGACGACGAGGAAGAAGAGGCAGACGAUCAACAGCAGAUUCUGUGUUCGGAUCAGCAGGAUGUUCCGACGUCUACGGCCGAGGAAGCGGCUCUCUGUACGACGAGCGAUCUGGACGGAUUCGACGGGAUCAAUGCCAUCAAGAUGGAGACUGAUAAUAUCUUUGAAAGUGGCGAUUGGCCCUUCAAAGUGAAGCUGGACCCGAAGAUGAUGAUCGUGGACCAGCUGGACUCGAGCAGUAUUAUUCUGACACCGUCAACGACGAGUACGGUCUCUGCCGCAGCCGCCCCCAUCGUCAGUAGUCAUCUUCAGCUUCAUCAUCAUCAACAGCAACAACAUCAGCAGCAGCAGCAGCAGAUAGCAGUUAGUAGUAGUAGUAGAAGUAACAGCGCACUGCAGCAACAGCAGCAGCAGCAGCAUCAGCAGUUGCAAUUGCAACAUCAGCAGCAACAGAUCCAUUCCAUUCAAGCUGCCCAGCAGCAACAGUUCUUAAACCAACAGGUGCUCUUUCAGCAAGCUCAACAACCUCAGCAGCAGCAUCAACAGCAAUUGAAUGUACUUCAGCUGCAGCAGGCUCAACAGUUCCAGCAACAGCAACAACCGCAACAGGUGCUAAUUCCGACGGUGACGGCCGUGUCCAGCAGCUUUCUUUCAUCAGAGGUUAAGGAUGUCCGAGCGGUGAUAAAAGCGGAAGCGCCGACCAUCUCCGGUGUGACGUUUCAGGGUCGGCCAGCCACCGGUCAGUUGAUCACCAGGAUCAAAAUUGAAGGCGAGGACGGCCAGAAGGUGCACGUCGUCUCUUCGUCCGGAAGCGACAAUCUUACACGGGUAAUCGAGAGUGUAGCAGGGAACUACACCUUUCCAGUGACCACUCAAGCUCAACUGUUGCAACAUCACCAACAGCAACAGCACCAACAACAGUUGCUACAGCAGGUUCAGAAUCAAAUUAUCAAACUGGAAUCAACUGACGGCAGUCAUCAUCAGCAACAGCAGCAGCAAAUCCUCCAGCAGCAACAGCCAAAAUUCAUCAUCACUUCGAGGCAGAUCGGCAAUAAGAUCCCCAUCACGGUAACUAGCGGCCCGUCGGGUCAAAUUCUCCAGCAACAACAGCAGCAACCAACCGUUGCGACAACCAUCCAAAAACCGAUCCAGCUGCAGAAGAUCAUCAUGUCCACUUCGACCCUGCAGCAGCAGCAGCAACGAGCCCGACUACCUUUGCAGCGAGCUCAGUUGCUUCAGCAGCAACCCCAACAGACACCGACACAAUCUCAGCAGCGAUUCCAACAGAAGUUUGUCACUAACCAGUUGAUCCGAGGUCAGAAUGCUGCCAUCAUCAACAGUGUCCAGCUACAGCAGCAAGCGCAAGCUCAAGCUCAAGCUCAGGCUCAAGCUCAAGCUCAAGCUCAGGCUCAAGCUCAAGCUCAGGCUCAGGCUCAAGCUCAAGCUCAAGCUCAGGCUCAAGCUCAAGCUCAGGCUCAGGCUCAAGCUCAAGCUCAAGCUCAAGCUCAGGCUCAGGCUCAAGCUCAAGCUCAAGCUCUUGCCAACCAACAAGCUCUCGCUAACCAACAAGCCCAGCAAGCUGCAGCUACGGUCGGAGCGAAUGUGGUUAUCGGGCCAACGCCUCGAAAGCGACUUGAAGUUGGAACCGGCGGUAUCAGCAGCGGUGGCAGUGGUAGGCGUGGCGGGCGUACCAGUAGCAGCCGUCUUCCGCCGGGGGCGGUGAAUCUUGAACGGAGCUACCAAAUCUGCCAGGCCGUCAUCCAGAACAGUCCUAAUCGGCAUCAGUUGCGGGCUCAACUGAAACCACCGCAGGCGUUCCUGAACAGUUCCAACUCAAACUCGAGCAAUAGCAGCAAUAGUAACAGCAGUAGCAGCAGCACUGGAAGCCUCAAGGACGAACCAACCACCUUCGGUGGGGCUGUUCUUACCAAUAAGUUCAAACAGGUUGGUCCCCGAUUGGUUCACCCCAAGCGGAUAACCACGGCAACGGUCGGUCGGCAACCCUCGUCGAUUGUCGUCCGGCAUGUAUAUACCACUGCAGGUCAAUCAAAUCCCGGUACAAUUAGUAUUAUCUCAACAUCCCAGCAACAGCAACAACAACAGCAGCAGCAGCACCAGCCUUCCCAGCAACCCCAGCAGCGGAUAAUCACCGCUGCGGAUGCGGCCGAAUUGCAACAAGCCCAGAUCAUAAGCGUUGCCGGUCCCGGUGGAGCGGGAGCCAGCACCAGUGGUCCAGGUGGAAGCUUUGGAGGAAAGUACGUACUUGUGCAGCGGGCUCACAUCGGUGAUAUUGUAACGCCGCGGGCGGCCAGUGCACCACCGACGCAGAACCAGCAGCAGGUUAAUUCAGUAACCGGUGUUCCAAUAACGCUAGCGGGUCGUGGACGGCCAGCUUCGGUAGAUAUUGAUACACCUGUCUUCCCUCCUGAUUCUCAACAGCAACAGCAACAACAACAGCAGCAGCAGUAUCAACAAGUGCAAAUUAUACAACCUCCUACGCCGCACCAACAGCAGCAGCAGCAGAUUGUUGGACCCAAUCCAGGCAUCCAAGCGGUGACCCGGAGGGGUCCAACCACGCAUGUAAUCUCAUACGGUGAUGUCGGUAUCGAUGCGGCCAACGGCCAGCACAUCAGCCAAACGGCAGCUUCCGUUAUGCUGGACAGUAGCAACAAUACCGUAAUAGCAUCCAGCAACGGUCCGAUGGCAGCUGCCACUGGAGGCCACAUCACUUCCACUUCAGCACCAUCUCCCCUUCUCCCGGGUAGCAACAACAACAACAACAACAACAAUAAUAAUAACAACAACAACAACAAUAACAGUACUAUCGGUAUUAUCAACAAUAACAAUAGCACUAGUAGCAACAGCAACAGCAGUAGUAGCAGUAGUAGUAAUAGCAAUGGAAAUAGUAACCACCAUCAUCAGCAUCAGCAGCCGCAAGGAGCAGGACCAGCUUCGUCCUGUUCCUGCUCGCUCAAUGCGAUGGUCAUUUGUCAGCAGUGUGGCGCCUUCUGUCACGAUGACUGCAUCGGUGCUUCGAAACUGUGCGUGUCCUGUGUCAUACGAUAAAAAAAAAGAUAAUGGAAAAAAGAACCUUAAAAAUCUGUGAGCCUUCUUGUAAAGGAAAAAAAGAAAAUUAAAAUGCUAGUUUUUAACACUAUUAAAUGGAAAAGCCUGCCACCGAAUACCAAUUACUACAAUUUCACCCACACAAAGACAUGUGUACAGACAGACUCCAACACACUUACACGGAACAGAAACACAUUUUUUUUCGAGGAAAAAAAAAGCCUGUGCAAAGACUCAUAUUUAGCAUUAAGUAAGUGAUUCUUUUGGUUGGUUCAUCCCUGGAAACUUCUUUAAAUUUUUGGGGCUUUUUCCUACCGGAACCGGUGGGCAAAUUCCAACCUAAGUAGUGUGAAUCCAGGUUAAAAUCAGCGGCGUGCUUGUGCGGUAUGACAGACAUGGUUGCGUUUCGAUUUGCUUUUUCGUUUGUGUGCGCGAUCGGGCCGGAAGAGAGAUAAGAUGGAUGGAAUGCAAGCGAGAGAGCGCGCAAGCAGCAAAUACCUAGGAGCUUUGGUUGUUCCGUAUUUUUGUUCGAAUUUUCCACCCGAGUAUGAGGGCAAACAACUGCAGAAUAAAAUUGCUAAUUAUAUAAGAAAUUGAAAUAAAAAAAAAUCAUAACGGUGAAAACUGAGCUAGAAAAAAAAACCCUCUUGUAAUAAUUAAUUGCUAAGUCUAAUCUUAUAAGAAGCUGAUGAUAAAAGAAAACAGAGAUACACACACUGAACAAGCGUAUGUGAAAGGCAGAAAGAAUAAACUAUAAUCGAGAAAAGAAACAAUGGAAACUGCUGACCGAUCCCAUUGAACAGUUGGAACCCCCUCGCGGGACUGACUUGUAGUAACUGAAAAAGAAAAUCUGUGAUUUACUGUCCUACACCCUUCGCUCGAUUCGAUUACCCGCUACAACUGGCGCUAAUUAACUUACUUACUUUCCUUGCUAAGAGCUUUGGUUCAGUGAUUUCGUUUCGCUCUCCAUUUGAUUGCAAUUGUGUUGUUAGGCUUUUACGAUUAUUUAUUUUUCUCCCUAAUAUCAUCCAAUUCUAAUGGAACCAUUGGAAUAGUGUAAUUUUAUGUUAUUAAGGCACUCUUAAUAAGUCCCAAACAACAAAUUCGAAGAAAUCAGUAUAGAUAGGUAGGUAGUUAGGGUAAGCGUGAAUGCUAUGCAGGUUCGCUUUUAAGUUUGGUUAUUUGUAGACAAAAACUAUCGCUUAUUACAUUUUUUUUUUAGUUUUUAAUUUAGGUAUUACCAUCUUUUAGAUACUAUCAUUUCACAGCAAGUAAAUUCUUCAAUGAGGAAUUAUUAAUUUGGAA